AUGCCAGACCUCCACUCCCUACCCGCUGGAACACGCCCUGACCACGCAAUACGUAACAAUGGACCAGAUGAUCUGGCACUGGAGCGAUUCAAGCUUAGGGAACUCGCCGAAGGAUGGCCUAUGUAUCGCGACGCUCGCGAGUGGGCGAACUUCCGCUCGCUAUUCCAUCCUGGUGCUAUCGUCUAUACUACGUGGAGUGGUCGCACGUCUAUAGAAGACUUCAUCAAGGCGUCGCAGGACGGGAUGGAUAAGGGUGCGAGUAUCAUGCAUCGCAUUCACGGUUCUUCCGUGGAUCUUGCCGGCACGCGGGCAGUUGUAAAGAUGAAGGCCACGAUUACUCAGCGAUUUGAGCUCCCUCCCAAUGGCGCCCUGGUAGAUGCGGAAUCCGACUGUCGUUUUUGCAUGUUCUUCGAAAAGGAUACCUCUGGGAAGUGGGGCGCGCGCUACGUUAGGCACUUCUACGAGAAGGACAAGCUGAUUGCUGUUGACCCGCGACACAUACCCGAGAUCGAUGACGAGAAACUGAAGGUUUUUCCGGUUGGAUACCAGUACUUGGCCUAUUGCCAAGAGGCUUGUAUGCCAGGGAUUAAGGUCAAGAGGGACAUGCCAGGCGCACGCGGCGAGGAACAUGACCAAUUGUUGAGGCAGGUGAAAGACUGGCUAGAUGGAAAGGAAAUAGAAGUGUAA